UUACUUCCGUGACUUAAUCAAAUCAAAUCAAGUUUCUCGACUUUAAUUAUUUACUUUCUUAUUUACUUUUUUACUUGAAAUUGAUUUCCUACUUUAUCCGUAUUUACAAUACAAUUUACAAUUUUAAUAUAUCUUUUCAUGCACAAUAUUUUUAACGAUCUAACUAUUCAUAAUUACGAUAACCUCAUACGAUAAACGCGAUUUCAAACAAAAAGCACGUGCAAGUAGUAAAAAUUUCGAGAAAAUGAUAAAUGAUUUGAGACUCGAAUGUUCCUUUUCCUCUUGGUAUCCCAUAUUCAAGAAAAAUUCUUUGGAGGCUAGAAUCCUUUACAUUCCUGAUGAAGUUUUAAAAUAUUUAGAGCACGACACGUUUGUGUUGCCUCUCGAGGCGGCGAGAUCUUUGCCACAGGAUUCAGAAUGGGCAGAUGGUUCUCCGGUGACGUGCGAAGAAGAGGAAACAGAUUAUCAACCGACAUUUCCCGAGUUCAGUCAACAAAUACAGGAGGUAUUAGAUGAGUAUGAUGCGGUAUUUAUCAAAACAAAUUGGAGUACACCUGCGGAUGCAAUGUGGGUUGCUCCAACAAAAACUUUGAAAUGUAACACAUUAGAAGAAAUUUACUUGUUAUUGAAAAGUUCGGAUAGAAUUGCUAAAGAUCUGAACAUUGUCAAAUCUUUGAGAGAAUCUGAAAACCCUUUGCCGUUCUGUUUAGUGCUGAAACAGUGGCGGGAUAUUAAUCCUUGCACAGAAUUUCGUUGUUUUGUUGUCAACAACGAGCUCAUUGCUAUAAGUCAGAGGGAUAUAUCGCAGUACCAUAGUUCAAACGAGUCAGAAAAAUAUGAUAUACAGACAGACAUCAAGAGCUUAUUUUUGGAAUGCAUCAAAGGCAGAUUUCCCUUGUGUAACUAUUCCUUUGAUGUUGUACGGCAUAAGAAAGAUAAAGUAAAAAUAAUAGAUUUCGGUCCAAUGGAUGCAUCAUCUACAAAAGGAACUCUCUUUACAUAUGAGGAAUUACAAAAUCAUACCAAAGAUGCACCGGAAUUUCGCUUUAUUGGAGAGGAAAUAGGUAUCCAACCAAAGCCUCCAAUGCAAUUUUGCAUUCCUCAAGAAAUCAGUGAGUUUUUCCAAUCGAGAGAUAAUGUCGCUUUAUUGGAUCUUAUUCAGAGGGAGGUGGAAAGUCAACGGAAAGAGCAUGAAAAAGAAAAUUCAGAAAAUUCAGAAAGUACUUGAUAUAUGUACAACGAUAAUAAACAUUUUCCUUAUAUAUAAACAUCAGCUGUAACUUUUUUACUCACAUGUACAAGGGAUACAAAACUUAAAAG